AUGCCCGACCUCAUGUCUGUACAUCAUGUGGGAACUCUUUCAAACGCAGGUGUGUGCGAGCUUAAGGUAUACCAAGUAAGGUCAGUGAACUCACCUUUGAAAUUCAGCGAUGCACUACGCCGCCAUGAGAGGACUUGCAAGUCUCGUGGCUCCUUCAGGGCUGAGGGCCACUCUGAACACCAAGAAUAUGUCAAUCCAGAUGAGAUACACCAGCCCAAACGAGUGUGUCUUGCAAUAGAAACACACGGAAAUGCAGUAUCACCAACCGUGAAUGAUCCCCAGGUCCUUGGCUCUGUCCUAUCUCCCUUUGACCUCUCAACAGUCCCUAGUGACCUUUCUUUCGAAAAUGAAAGCGAAGUUGCCAACAUAUCAUCUGAGCCGCAUUUGCAGAAUGAACACAAUCUCUCAUAUCAUUCAAAUGAGAAUAUCUCUUUUUCAGACCCAUCCCUUGACCCGACACACGAUUUAUUGCAAAGCAUGCCCUCACCUCUCGACUUCUCGACUUUAGAUCUUCUCUUCUCCUCACAGAUAACUUCAGAUAUUAUCCAAGCUGAGAAGCUAGAGUAUCUUGCAUAUUUCACCAGUUCAAUGGGAAUGUCCACAUUCACGGACCGCGAAUCGUUCCGAUGGAGACAGAAAUUGGUUGCAGAUGCUUAUGAGGACAAAGUUACCUCAAAAAGGAGACAAGUCUCCAAAACAAACCAAAAAGUACCUCCGAUAAUAGUGUCUGAUACUUUAGCCCCCAAGUCCCUGGAGCUGAUGCGAAGCCUACGGAAUAUCAUUUGCAAUAAAAGAAACAACGAUGUGAUCACAUUUGACUGGUCAUCUGAAACUCAUGACCAGUGCCAGAUAUUCUUCUCAACGCCAAAUAUCCGUCGUUUCCUAGAAUACUUCUGGUCUCUCUGGUAUCCGAAUUGCCCUAUUAUCCACAAGCCUCUUUUCAAUCCGCACACCGCGACUCCUGGGUUGCUAUCUGUGAUGACAGUUAUUGGUGCAUGUCUAUCUCCCUAUCAAGAGGACAGCAAGGCGGCUAGGAAGUGGCUUGAUAGCAUUGAGGAACUUAUCUUUUCGCAUGAGUGCUUCCGGGAUAAUUCUUCACCCAGAAACAAUGACUCGAAGUGGAAGAAGGAGCGACUACAGAGUAUACAGGCUGGAUAUCUAGUCUGCUCGCUACAGAAGCGAGAAGGUCCCGGGGAGGCGCAGGCCAGGAUUAGACGGUAUCGCCAUGCGUCGAUGGUAACUCUUGCAAGACAUGUUGGAAUUGGGAAUGCCUCCCAUAGACACCUGAAAGUCCAUGAUAGUUCGCAAGCGUGGUGGCAACAAUUUGCGGAAGAGGAGGAAAUGAUGAGAACAAUUAUAUUCGUCUUUCUCAUCGAUGCAGCACUUGUCAUAUUCCACAACUCACCACCUCGAUUAAUGGUCUCCGAACUAAAGAUGGAUGUCUCUUGCCCAGAGGCAUGUUUCCAGGCCGAAUCAGCAACCGAAUGCCUGUCACAUUUCGAACAAUGGACCGAGACUCGGUUCUGGCGAAACAGACUAUCGAUCGUGUCAGUUGUGCGGCAGAUUUGUCAGGCUGAAAUCAAUGAAGACUUGGUUCAAGAGUUCUCUAAAAUUGGGACUUUGAAUCUAUUCACAAUGGUUCAAGCCAUCCAUUCUCUCAUGUUCCACCUACAGAACUCUCUCAUUUUUGAGACAACCUUGGCCCCGGUGCAGACAGGUCUUGAAAACUGGAGACGAAUCUGGGAUAAAAGAAUACCAGAAGACAUCGAUAUUCCCGAGACACCCGAAACUAUAUGGAAACUCGUUGGUUUUCUCCGCCACGCAUCGGAAUUCUGGCAUUUGGCGCGGAUUAAAUCCGCCAAGAUCAUCUCGGCAGAGGACGAUGCCCAGACCGAAAAUGAAGAUACAUAUGAGGCAUCAAGAUAUGACCACACAGAUAUGGGAGAUGUCAAUGGAUUGAUCAUGGAGUAUCGAAGAAUGAAUUUGGGGAUGGUUUGA